AUGUUUGUAGAUCGUCGUCGAUUAACAGGCGAUUUCUUUGUUGAGCUGCAACGACCAAGAGAGAUGAAAAUCGAGUUACAAAGCUGGGUAGAGGCGUUGGAGAAGUACGAUGCAGGCGACUAUAUCCACGCACUGCGCCAAUUUUCAACGAUGCAGAGCCGUGGACAGUCAUCUAAGAUAGAGUUCAAUAGGGCAGUUAUACACGCUAGCCUUGGUGAUCAAAAGGGUGCAACUGAGUUGUACAAUUCAUCACUACGCAUUGACCCAUACUUUGCAAUCGCCCACUUCCAAUCAGGCGUUUGUAACUUUAUGCGGGGCAGAUAUGAGCACGCGAGAAACGACUAUGAAGCUAGCCAGGCGCAGCUUAGAGGGAAUCCCCACAUCGACUACAGUCAACUCGGCUUGGCUUACAAGUUAGAAUCCGCAAAUAUAAACUUCAAUAUUGCUUUGACCUUUUACUACUCAGGCAGGCCUGAUGAUGGUAUAAGUCAUAUUCAAUUAGCUAGAAAUGGCGCGUCCCUCGACCAAAACAGCGUCAUCGAUGACUGCUUGCGUGAUGAAGCUAAGGGUUAUAUGCCUUACUCUGUUCAACCAGGCGUGGUUUUUAGACCUUCAGACUCUCAAAUAAAGAAUCUUGAAAAGAAAGACUUCAUUGGUCAGGCAAAAGUGGUUUACACUGACGAUGACGGUACCAGUCCUGAUAUACCCCUCACUCAAUCCAACAAUGACAACAAAGAUGAUGUUCCUCUCACUCGUAGAUUACCCGGUGGUGGUGGUACUCUAAAGCGCAAUCCAACUCAUUGGCAGCCAAAACUACUCCGUCGUCCCACCCUUGGCUCUCGUAAACAAAGCAGCGCCGAAACAACUCCUGUGUCUUCUGGCGCUACAACUCCUGUCAAUGAAAAGGGUGGCUUCUUCGGUCUCGUUAGACAGAAAACUGAACGCAGAAAGGCUCCAACUGAAGAAAUGCGCACAAAGGCUGGUUUGACCCCUGAUGAAGCUGCCACUGGUCCCAAGCAAGCUGCUAUGCUUUCACGAGCACGCACCCUCGGUUCGGCUACUCUUGCAGAGAAGCGCUCCAAAUCUGAACAAGAUGUACCUUCUCAGGCCAAUCAACAAUCCCUUACUGCCGCUGCUACUGCUACCACUGCUGAUACUCACCCAAACAAGGGCUACACUCUGACAGAUAAUGGUAAUAGUGAUACUCCCUUUGCAUCAGAUACAGACGAAUCGCGUACUCCUUCACGUGCUCCUUCCCCUCCUCCUUACAAUCAUACACCUCAACCACAUCAACCAUCGAAUUUGCAUCACUCCCCUUCACAACCCCAGCUUGCACCUAGUAGAGCACGAUUCCCAACUCGUAAAACAUCACUGAGAUAUGUCAGUAGUAAAUUCACUAAGAACGGUUCUUCAAAUAUACCUCGACAGGAGAUACGUAGAUCGCGCUCGUUUAAUGAGGGUGACGAUUUUUCAUUAGCUUAUAAUGUCUCAGAUGGCAGUGAGAUGCAGGCGACGAAGGCUACUCAAUCGAAUCAAGCUCCAACCAGGAGCAAUACUCUUCUAAGCAAACUAUCUGGCCGUUCAGGAGUCAAUGACAGCAACAUGAACAUGAAUCAUGAACACCGUAAGGGCAAGCCACCUGCUAUCAAUACACUGUCCAAUGUGCCAGCUGGUUGGCCACGCUCAGCUGACACAAGUCCACUCUCAUUAUUCCAGCAAACUCAAUCGCAUAGAGCUCCCCAAAUCCCUGCUCUCAGUAUUGGCGAUGCACUGAUGCAAGCAGCAGAGCAAAAAGAAGAGCAGACAGCGGAUGAUGUGGUAGAGAAACCUGACCAAACAAUGGAAAAAACUAGUCAGAUAGAAGAAUCAGAGGAAUUGGAGCAAACACCAAAGCCUACUGAAAACAUUGAAUUGACUGUCACGCCAUCAACCCCAUCACAAAUGCCAGAUAAGGACUUUUCAAUUAAGUUUGAUGAAAGGACUGACACUAUGUACGAUACGCAGAAUGACACGUCGGUUCCAUCUUCAGUGUCUGACAAUUCCAUGACCAAUCCAUCCAACGACUCUGGUGACAACAAUGAGAGAGGAUCACCGGUAGACGCGUUGACUACGUUGAGUGGUGGCAGUCCAAGUGCCCAAGGUGCCACAGGUGUCCAUAGUGCUGCCAACGCUGGACCCUUCAAACAACCAGCACCACUUCAGGUCCAAGAAAAGCCAGCGCUGAGUCGCCAGGCUUCUGCAUUGCGUAGACGCGGCACGUAUGGCAAAGUACAAGAGCAGCAUCAACAACAACAUCAAACCCAACCAAAGCAAGGGAUAGCUAUCGACGUUUCUGACAAGAUGCGCAAGAUGGGCAUAGAAGAGGGCAAUGAGGAGAAUGACGGGGGAUUUGACUCGGCAAUGAUCAAGGGGAUGUCGCCCGUAGAGCAGAGUUCACUGAAUGCUGAGAGAUUGCUUGAAAAGGGAGUGCGAGUGACGCCAGGUUCUUUGCAUGCACAGACAGUGCUCGAGAGUUUGCAAGGUGUGAACGGUGCACCAAUACUAACAUCAAUGCAACCAGCACAAGAAGUACACGGAAUACCAUCACCUACACCCCUACCUGCAUCCACACCACCGAAUGCCGCUUCUGCACCUCCACCACGGUCGCCGGAAAGCAAGUCGAGUAGAUCAAAUGGUUCUAGUCCACAAUUGAAAGUGCGUUUUAAGAUACAUUACGGAGAUGAUGUGAGAGGGAUGCUGGUUAGCAAUGAGACUUCGUAUGAUGCCUUCUUGAAUCACAUACUCCGUAAGUUUGACAAAAGCGCUGGUAGCUUUAGAGUUCGAUUCAAGGACGAAGAUGGCGUUAAAAUCACCGUUCAGGAUCACUCUGAUUUGGAACUUGCUAUUGAUACUGCGAGAUUGCACGGUAAUGGACGCAGUGACGGAAAAUUAGAUAUUUGGUGCGAGGAUUUGUAG